GGUUUAUUCAACGCCAAAAAUAGUCAGCAUUUGGACUAUCAAAGCGAAACGGACAUAACUCGUACCUCACCUCACCAAGUACCGUACUAGCGCUAGCACUUCCACUUCCAGGAAAGCUAUCUCCGACGUCGUCUGCUUACCUCAUCCUCUCCCUCCCCUCCGUUUCCCUUGUCAUUCUCUACAUCCUCUCUCCCUUCUUAAGAGAACCAGGACUUCUAUACAAGCUGAGCUGUUCGACGGCCCCCUUGCCCGACUCGAAUUGGUGAUAUUUUGUUCUGUUUGGGCGCAUCCUCGUUGUUUUCGAAUUCUGUACUCUCGAUGCAGCCCACACUAGCCCCAGCGCCGCAUCCAAGCAUGCAAACCUCUGCUCAGGAUCAUGCGGAUCAGGUGCUGCACGAUCAGCUGCUAGCUGCUCAUCAACAUAUGUCUCACCCACAGCAACCGCGCCCGCAACCGCAGACGGCACCGCCUCCGCAUAUGCAACCCAAUAUCACGAGUCCUCGAGAUCAGAACAACAUUGACCCUGCCAUUUCAGGCGCCACAAUGCUGAGUGGUCCCCCGCAAACACCCCCUCAACCCGAGCCUACGAGCCAAGAAUCGCCCAAGACCUAUGGCAAGCGACCGCUGUCGACCUCCAAGCGCGCUGCGCAGAAUCGUGCCGCACAAAGAGCUUUCCGCCAACGGAAAGAGAGUUACAUCCGAAAACUGGAAGAACAAGUCAAGGAAUUCGAUGGCAUGUCAGAGACGCUGAAGGCCCUUCAGGCUGAGAAUUACCAGCUGCGAGAACACAUCAUCAACCUGCAAUCCCGGCUACUGGACUCGCAGGGCGAGAUCCCCGAGCUGCCCGGCAACAUUGAUUUGAGCCAGCCACGAGCAGACCUGUCCCUUCCUGGCACCGGUCCAGCACCCACGGGGGCACCUGCCCAGGCUCCUCCAGGACCUCCCCAACAGCCUCAAGCCCAAACGCAAGCAUCUGCGCCCAAUGACGAUAUGAACUCGCUGAACCGCAUCGCCGUGGCUGGUCUGGGUAUGCGCAAGCACCCGAAUGAGGAAGCCAAUUUUCUAGGAAACAACUUCCAAGCUCGCCGCCCGCGCGCCGAUGAAGGUCAACCAGAUGCAUCCGACGUCCCGAAGACGGAAAUGAGCCACGGCUUGCCGGUUGUUUCAUGAGGCAUCACGUCAUAUUGAUCACCUACUCUACGUUAUUUUUUUGCUGUUUUUCUGCCCCCGUUGAUCCUCGAGUUUAACCAUCCCGAUUGCUCUAGCUUGCAGUUUUUCUCCCACCCUUCUAUGUAUCCUCCUCGGUGUAAGGCGCCAUGUAUCUAGGUAUUAUCUCUGGCUCAGGAAGAAGCGGCGUUCUGCGUUCACUCUUCAUAUUCUCUGUC